GGUUGCUACUGCUGCUGAUAAACAGACGGUGCUGUACACGGUGCACCGGCACAAUUUCAAGCCUCACAUGAGUUUCUACCGCUCAUACCCAAGCCCUAACGGCGAGCUGUCGGUGCUCAUCGGCACUGCAUCCUUCCAUCAUUUCUCUUCAGGCAUUGACGUUGAGAUGGCCAAUGUUGAUAUUGGCAUGAAGAAGGAAGGACUUGUAUCGAAUACAUAUUCUUUCUCUGCGGGACAUCAAGGCCGGUGGCAAUGGCAGCGCGACGGUGCGCUGACGAGCAAUUUAAAGCUCGUUGAUUCUCGUGGAUAUAUUAUUGCGCGCUUCAAUAAUGCAUCGUGGUCCGUCAAGAAACAAGGAACCUUUGACAUCCUGGGUAUGAUGGACCAGCUGGAUCUGAUUAUGGUCUCCGGCCUGGCUCGAGUCGAAUAUCAGCGUCGGAGUGCAAGUACCCGCAAUGGUGCGGUCCUUGCGAGUGCACCUCACUGAAGGGAAUGAGAUUUUCUGAAUUACUCAUGUUGAGAACAAUAUGUCAAGAUAUAUGCUUUUUUUUUUAUACACCACCUGUAGGGAUUAUUAACUUUUGCUGAGAUCAAUAUCAAGG